CGCGAGAAAUUCAUUACUCAUUUUAUUGCGCAAAUAAGUUUUUACACAUGUUUCAUUUUUGAAAAAGUUCUCCCGGUAGUUGCUGUUGAAACGAGCAGCGUGAACACUAGACAAAUCAAUCGUGCAUUGUGUGUCCAUCCCUAGAUUCCAACUACUCUAGUAGAUUUUCAAGGGGAAAAAACCUCAUAUUUCUUCUAAUCUUUUACGUUUUAGACUUUUAGAUUUCAUUGUUUUUCUAGACGAAUAAUAUUUGGGGCUAGAAUUUCUAGUCUAGAUAGAAUAAUGAUUGAAAAUGUUAAUUUGAAUUAUUUUUCUAUUUAUACCCAAUCUUAUUAUAAAAUAACACUGAGCCGAAUAUCUAGUAUCGAAAAAUUCAUAAGGACUACACUAAUGCCGGAUCCAGAGGAGGGCUGGGCCGGGGCCCGGGGUGGCCACCCCCUGUAUCCGCCACUGUACUAUAUAAAUUUUGAAUAUGAUACUAGAACCUAAUCUUUAAUUAUUGAAAUCUAGGUCUUAAUUCUUUUAAUCUUAUACAUUAAGAUUAAUUUAAUCAUAAACAGUAAUCAACGAUUAUGAUUCGUCGAAAUACAUAUAUGCACCAUCAUAAAGUUUACGAUUUAUUAUUUAAAUAAUCAUGACCUAGAAUUCACGCAUUGCAAGUUGAGACAUAUUCCUUGUUGCUACGACUUGAAGACAGAUUAUCUACCGUUGACUAGAAGUCGGUGAGCUGGGGUCUGGUGCAAAGCAGGGGGGGGGACACAAGUAUGUGCUUAUGUAAUUUUUAUAUUGUCAAGUAUGGUAAAAAUGCUAUCUCCCACCGGUGGACAUAUCUAACACACAUCGUAUUAAUAAAACACAUAAAUUUAUGUGUUCUUUACUUUUUUGUAUCGCAAUUUCUCAAUCCGUUAUAAAGGGGUGGCAGUUCGGUUACUGUUACCAGUUAACUGAUUGGUUAAACCGAUAACCGACCGGUUAUCCACUAACUGGUAACCCAACUUUGGUCGGUUAUUGGAAGCUGGCCAAAAUGGUUUUUAGUCUUAAAAGUGGUUCGGUUAACCGAUAACCGAGGUAACCGAGAAACCAAAUCUUAUUUCGAUCGGUUUUCGGUAAGGAGGGUGUUUAUUUCGGUUAACCGAUAACCGACCAAUCGGUUACCAGUUAUAACCGAAAUAACCGAAUUGCCAGCCCCACGUUAUAACGUAGUCAAAAUAUACCCUCCAUAAAAAUUCAUCCGCACAAAGUCACUAACAGUAAUAAUAUUCUGCAAAAUCAAUUUUGUGGUGAGAAUAAAAAAAGAACCAUACAAAUCAAAUUGAUCAAAUUUGUGGUGAAAACUGGCCCUUAAUUCUUAAACAUUCUUUAUUACUGCCAAAAGUGAAAACAUAAACAUUCCUUAGGGCUUCCAUUUUCUGGUUGUCGUGGCGUGCUGUUUGGAAUCACCAGGCCGGGCUUAGACUAAUUACCGACGUGCUGCUUACUAGGCUGUGCUUUGGACAGUGGAAUGAAUCCUUAAUUACGUACCUAAGUACAAUUAUUCUUUAAUUUGGACCUCAAUCCGAUUGCUAUAUGCUUGUAGUUUUACAACAAUUUCCGGGUUCGUCGUCCUUGAUCCCCCGUGGAAAACCAGUUGGCCAGCCACGUCAGGCAAAGCUUCUGUGCUCUGUCUACUAAUUCAUGGUUUACGCGGAGAUUAGCUGUUAAUUAAAUCCUCCCCAUCGCCUAAUUCAGUCUCAUGGCUUCUCCCGUGUAGUUAUCUAGUUGUCAUAGGAUGAUAACAACAUUGACCACACUCUGAAUUCCAACUUGCAAUAAUUAUAUUUAAUAAUUACAACAAAAACUUUGCUACAAUCACCGUGAUUUGGAGAAAAUAGAUGACAGUUUGCUUAAAAUGGUCUAACUGCUUACGCCCUAAUGACCGAUCGGAUGACACACUUUACUUAUUACAACGAAACUGCACCAUUACAGGAAAAAAAUUUAAGAUCGACGACUCCAAUAUUGCAACGGUCGACCAGCUGCCUGACCAUUAACAAUGUUGGAACAAGAGUCUAUCAAAAGAAAGUUUCAAUACUGCAUGAAAAAAAGAUGAUAACCUAAUGGAUAAUUGAAUCUAACUAGAAUUGAAAGAUCAAGUGUUACUAGUUGAAGGAAAACCAAAAUAGAAGAAAUAUGAAUAGAUUUUGUAAGAAAUUGAGAUAAAAGGGCUAAAAACAGGGCGAGCGGGGGAAAGUAGAUACCCAUGCCCGCUCCACGCUACUGCGGGUCAAGUCGUGUAAUAUACGACGGGGCGCAGGUUCAAAUUACCUUCCAUAUUGUUGAAGAACAAAAAGACGUCGGCGAAUAUCAAAAGUAGUUGCUCUUGCUCGUACAAGUAGAUUAACAAGUUGACCAUGCAGGUUGUUCAGUUGACCUUUAAGGUGUGCAAUCCAUAGGUUCAUCUUCUUUAGAGCACUUUUAAUUUGCAGUGUUGGUUAAUGGUUGGGGUAUGAAGAUAUCCUUGGCCUUAAUUGGGUGAUCUUUCCAUAGUAGGACUGUCUACCAAUUUCUUUCUAAACAUCAAAAUACAAUGUUAUGGUUGGCUUCCAAUUGGUCACAAUUUUCGAUAGCGGUCGAUCACCUCUCUCGUUUUAACAAAACGAGUAUAUGAUCCGAAUCCGAUCAACCAUUUUCCGAAAUCGAUUGACCGUUUGUCCAAGAUACGAUAACUUGAAACUUGGAAGACAUCGUGACACACCCUAAAUACUAUGUCAUUACUUCACGCACUGAGAAUUUGGUAGUGGACAACUGGAGAUUACAAGCCGCAGUCAGAUGUAAUUUGCCAAACAAAGGCAAACGGAAGCUCGCUUUCUGCUUCCUGCAACAUAAAAAAUGUGACGCGUGGAUGUCGUUUUGGGUUUAAUCAAAUAUAAUAAUAAUAAUUAGCCAAAGAUCAUAUGUUAGUAGCUCAAUGAUAAACGUCGGGCCAUCAAAAUUCAACACUUAAAUUGCAUGUUGUCGUUGACCAUAAACCUACAAAUAUCUCCACGUGGCUCCACCAUAACACCACAAUAAUGUAUUUAGCAUUUCAUUAAUUAUAUCGGUCCAUCGUCAUUAAGGCGUAAACGUUGAUUAAUCAAAUUAAACCUUCUCCUCCCUUCUCUUCACUAUUCAUUCACACUAAAACCCACACGUUUCCACUACAAAACAAAAAACCACACUAUAAUGAACAACUCAUUUCCCACACACCACUAUAUAUACAAAUUCCCUUCCGUCCCCUUCCUUCCUCCAUUACCUUCUCCCUCUCUCCCUCCUGAUUACGCAAUCCAAUCCACUCCUCAGCUCGCCGGCAAUCACUCCGAUGUGGACUUCCGUAGCCGACUUGUUCACUCCGACCUCUCUCUUCCUCUUCCUCAACCUCACCAUCGCCGCCAUCGCCAUCACCUCCCGCAAGAACAACAACAACAACAACAACAACAAGCACCCUCCUCAUGCCUCCUCCCCGCUUCUCCACUCCGACCACUACUCCGACGACCGCCACCGCCAUUUGAGGGACGACGGACCGUCGUCCCACCCAUCGACCCCCACCGCGCGCGCUCUCGAGCGUGCCUCCUCCCUUUUCAAAUCCAUGAAUACCCACUUCUCCCCGCUCCGUAGAUCCGGCGGACCUGACCCGCCGGAAACAGAGGACCACGGCCACCUCCAUCUCUUCGCCGACGACGACGGAUCGUCAUCUCUCCCGGCCAGUCCCAUGGCGCGGGGGCUGGAGAGGGCGUCCUCUCUUCUCAAAUCAAUCAACCACUUCUCCCCGCUGCGUAGAUCCAGCGGACCCGACCCGCCGGAAACAGAGGACCACCACCACCUCCAUCUCUUCGCCGACGACGACGGAUCGUCGUCUCUCCCUGCCAGUCCCAUGGCGCGGGGGCUGGAGCGGGCCUCCUCCCUUUUCAAAUCCAUGAACCACUUCUCCCCGCUGCGUAGAUCCGGCGGACCCGACCCGCCGGAAACAGAGGAGGACCACCACCACCAACUCUUCACCACCGACGACGGGUCGUCGUCGUCAUCCUCGUCGCCGGCAUCGUCUCUCCCGACCACCCCGACCGCGCGAGCGCUCGAGCGGGCAUCCUCCAUCUUCAAGUCUCUCCACCACUUCUCGUCCCCUCUCGGCAGGUCCGACCCGGAACCCGGACCCGACCACCUGGUGAAGCGGAGCGGGGCGGCGGCGGCGGGAGGAGGGGCCAGGAGGGCGGCGACGAAGAUGACGAAGUCGGCGAGCGAGAAGUGCACGGCGGAGGUGGUGGCGGCGGUGGCGGUGGAGGAGGAGAAGGAGGAGGAGGAGAGGCGGCGGCCGGCGACGGUGAGGCUGCAGAAGGCGGUGUCGAUCGGGGACGACCACGGGGUUGACUCGAAGGCCGACGACUUCAUCAACCGGUUCAAGCAGCAGCUCAAGCUGCAGAGGCUCGACUCGCUGCUAAGGAACAGAGAGCUGCUCCGAUCCCAACAGCAGCAACACAGCUGAACCACGAGGGAGUAAAAAUUACCUUUCGAUCCUCCCUUUGUUUAGGUAGGGAAAAAAAAAAUACUUUUGUUUCUAUUUCUUGCUCCUCGCUUCCAAUGGAGACGGGGCAGGAGGGUAAUUUGGCCUUUUAUAUCUGUGAAAAAAGGGCCAAACGGAAGGGUGUAUUUGUCACUGAAAAGUUACGCCGGUGGAGGAUGGGGAUGCCGUAGAAUUUGUUUUAUUCUUUUUUUUUAUAUAUAUAAUAUGUAUUUUUCCUUUAUUAUUAUUUAUAUGCUAAGGAGGUAUGUUUAGUGGAAAUCGGGAACUUUGAAGUGUCCAAAACUUGGGAUUGAGGUAAAGCGAUAAUAAUAGCUUUAAAAAUAUUUUAUUCAUAGUUAAUUUAUAAUCAAGUUCUUAAAGAUGCCUCUUAAGAGGCAUAUAUAGAAUAGAAAGUGUGUUGUGCUUGCCUUCUAAAGAAAUACAAACUCUUUUUGGAAAUAAAGUAUAUGGACAUGAGAUUUGUUUCAUCAAGUGGGUACAUUUUUAUAGUCCAUUAAUCAUAAAUGGUUCUGGUGUGAAUUAAUGUGUCUUUUUGAUUCGAACAUGUCGAUCCAAGCUAGUAUCAAUUGAUUCGCCAAAAAAGAAAAAAAAAACAAUAUACAUAGAUCUAAUAGCAUUACAUUCGAGAGGAGGGAUGGAUCAUGUAACGCAUAAUUCAUAUACUUAAUCGUGUAACUAAAACUAGGUUCCAAUAAUGCACUUGUCAACCACCUAAAUCAAAUGUGUAUAGCUACUUAGCUAGGUUGCUUUUGGCUAGUCUAAGUAUUGGGACUCUUGAUAUAUAUGGUUUAAUUACUAUGAUGAUCAUCUCGUUUUGACUACUCGUGCUAAAAAACAAAACAAAAAAAUUAUAAAGCACUAACCAGUUUUGUCUUGAUUGUUAUAAACCAGUUAACUCGAGUUGUUGGAAGAGACAUUCGGUCAUGGAUUUUACCACUCUUAAGAAAGUGAUUUUUAUAAGUCCGAAUAUGAUGUACUUAACAAAUGAGGUCAUCGAGUUUUGAAUAGAAGACCUCUAGAUUAACAAAAGACCUAAUAUCGUAUUAAGAACCAGUAGCUAGUCUCAAUAAAUCGAACGGUUGGUCGUUGUUCAAUUAUACAUCUAAUAAUGCCAUAUACUAAUCGUGAUUAACGUACUAAGGAGUAAUUUAUUUGGUCAAAUCGCUUUAUAGCCAGAUUAGUUAUUCGCGUGGGCUGUUCGUGAUUAACGUACUAAUGAGUAAUUUAUUUGUUUAUGGUGGCUGCAGAUGAUUUCUUAGAUAGAUUCGACGCUACUAGCUAACUCAUGCUGUGUACACGUACCUGCUCUGCAAUUUAGUUCGUUCAUUAUUGCACAAGAAUAGGAGGUUGCCAUUAAGACGCAAGCAUAGUGUUUUAUUUAUUGACGAGAAGAUCAUAAAAUAUUUAGUUGACCAACUGUUACAUUGUUAGUAUAUCGCUAUUAUAAAACGAACUCAUAUAACAUAUAAUAUGCUAUUGCGUUUACACUUAUUAGAUUUAUCUUAAUAUAUUUUGAUGAAUCAGAACUCGUCGGUUGUCAUUGUUAGACUAGAUGAAUUUAAUGUUUUGAGUUACUUAGGGGUCGUUUGGAAGUUGCGAUAGUUUUGUUGAGAUUGUCAUUAUGCAUGUAUUGUUUACAAUGCAUCGUUUUUUUGUUUUUUUUAGCAGAAACAAUACAUGGAUUGUUUCUGU